UAAUGGGUAAUUAAUUUUUUGGUAAUAUUUAUUUAAUAAUUAUUUCCCGGUGAAGAGCUGAUCUCUUUGAAGUGACGUAUAGUUCUCCAAUGGCGGUGGAUAGUUUCUCUCUCUAGUCUCUUUUUAGCCCUGACGAAUCUCUGAUGUCUCUAAUCUCUCGCCGGAGUUAGUGCGUCUCGUUGAUCCGAGAUCGGUUUCCGGCGUGCAAAGCGGCGUCUGCGUGCGGCUUGUUCUCCUUCUUCUUCUUGUUCGAUGGUCCGUGCGGUGGGGAGGUUCGACUGAGGGCGCAUUCGUUUAGGUCGAUCGGGGAGCUGAAGGUCGGGGAGGGAAGCAAGAUGAAUGGCAACGCGAACAGUGUGGUCGCCAGCAGUGGAAACGGAUUCGGGAGCUCGGAGAGCGAGUUCCUGUGGAGGCAUCACAGGCACGAGCCAUCGGAUAAUCAGUGUAGCUCCGCACUCGUCAAGCACAUCAAAGCUCCCGUUCAUCUCGUCUGGUCUCUGGUGAGAAGAUUUGAUCAACCGCAGAAGUACAAGCCAUUCGUCAGCAGGUGUGUCGUGCGAGGAAACCUUGAAAUCGGGAGUCUUAGAGAAGUUGACGUCAAGUCAGGGCUUCCAGCCACAACGAGCACUGAGAGGUUGGAACUUCUGGAUGACAAUGAGCAUAUACUGAGCAUCAGGAUCGUUGGCGGGGAUCACAGACUCAGGAAUUACUCUUCCAUCAUUUCCCUCCAUCCCGAGAUCAUCGAGGGAAGACCUGCGACCCUAGUCAUUGAAUCGUUUGUAGUGGAUGUGCCUGAAGGGAACACCAAGGAUGAGACCUGCUACUUCGUUGAAGCUCUGAUCAGGUGCAACCUCAAGUCUCUGGCGGAUGUCUCAGAGAGGCUAGCCGUGCAGGACCGCACAGAGCCAAUCGAUAGGAUCUAGGAAAGACAAAAACAAGGUGGGGAACGAGAAGAUGUGGAUUUUCUUUUUAAGGGGGUGUUGCCAUGGAUGAAGCUUCCGAGGCUGGAGACAGACUGGCACCAGCCGCUCGUUCCAUCUUUCUCUGCUUAUAGAUCUAAUUAGUACCACGACAUUAUUCUUACAGUUUUCGACCUGUUAACUUGCCUUUUGUGUUAAAAAAAAAACAAAAAAAGAACAAAGAACAUUAUGUGCUACAGAGCUAGGCUCCUAUAAUGGUCUUAUAUUGCUGAGGAGGUCGAUGAUAUCUCGAUUGAUGGACGAUAAAAGAUAGGCUCCUUGAUCCCCAUACCUCGAGAUUUUUGUAUGUUGUAUGUUUGAUGGUACUGUAUGGAGUGCUUGAUUUUAUUGUGUACAUUUAGUCUCUAGCAUCUGAGAGUAUGUGGAUAAAAUCAUCAUCAUAUAAUAAAUUGUACGAGAGGGGGUUCCUUGUUUUUCUUU